UCCAUCUGACACCAUGUGGACCCAGGACAGCGCUCUGCUGCUACUGCUCGCCUGCUGCCUUUGGUCAGCCGAGGCUCAGAGCGACGGGAGACAAAGCUUCUGGGACGAUCCCAUCAAAUUUAAAACUAAGGCCAAUGACAUGUGCUCCAUGAUCAUCACCGGUCAAGGGGAAUACACCAGGAUGAGGCUGUCGUGCCAGAGCAACAAGCGCUCCUACUGGUGUGUAUACAUCGGCAAGCCUCACACCUGCCGCACCUACAACAAAAACCCUCGUCACUACUUCGUCCAGAUGACGUGGGGCCUCAGAAAGCUCCAAAACGCCUGCCAGGGGGCCCCGAGGCAGAUCAAACCUCACAUGUGCAGGAAGGCAACUGAUGACUCUCAAAUGAUCUUCUCAUCGGCUUCCUUCCCCCGGUCAUCGCCAGAGGCUUCAUCUAGGACAGGAGGAAGACCUCAACCUCGUCCUGCACCCACAAGGCAAGCCAUUCGAGUCCCACCACGAGAGAAAACAACACCGAGAGCCAAUCCACAACCAUCGGCACCUCCUGUCGAGAGCAAUGCUAAGAGGAUGGCUCGGCAGUACUGCUGGAGGUCACUUCAAGGCAUCUGCUCCUACUUCAUCGGUUUGUUUCGGAAAUAACGAGGAAGAUUUACAAUUCUGAUGAAGAUCACUUUGGAUGUCUGAUUAAAGUGGCCCUUGGAGGGGA